GAAGUCCAGACACACACAGGACUCGGAGCUCAGCCUCACUUUACUCUGUUAUACUGACACAAACCCCACAGACGCUCAGGACACUGUGUGUGACAGUAAUCACACCUUGAAUCAGGAUGAAUCUACUGAUCAAACCUCCACAGAGUCUCUGGAUUCUGUCUGUAACGCUGGAGAACAGCAGAUCCUGAACACCAGACCACUCAACAUGUGUUCUGUCACACUGAUGGACUGCAGGAAACUCAUGGAGAUGAAAACACAAACACCAGCAGAAGAAGAAGAAGAACAUCACACUGAUGAAGAUGAGAAUCAUGAUGAUGAUGAUGAUGAUUUCAUCCCUUCAGAUGAGAGCGGUGAUUCAUGUUGUGAUGGAGAAACGGCCUCUACAUCAAAACAGCGACUGACAGCACAAACUCUUUCCUGCAUCACCUGUGGAAAGACAUUCAGUUCACAGAGACGUUUAGAGACACAUGAGAGAAAACACACAGAACAGAAACUCUUCACCUGCACCAGAUGUGACAUCAGCUUUCCUACCUUACAAGAGAAGAAACUUCAUUCACAAGAGCACAGAGACCAGAAACACUUUCACUGUCAGCAGUGUGGGAGAGCUUUUGUCUUCUCUUCUACUCUGAAGAUUCACAUGAGGACACACACUGGAGAAAAACCUUUCCACUGCAGUCAAUGUGACAAAUAUUUCAGCACCAAAGGAAGUCUUGUUGUUCAUCAGAGAAUUCACACGGGAGAAAAACCGUACGCGUGUCCUCACUGUGACAAGAGAUUCAACCACAAACCUUAUCUGAAGAAACACAUGCGUUCACACACCGAUGAGAGACCGUAUGAGUGCAGUGAAUGUGGAAAAACCUUUAGACAGUCAUAUGGUCUGAAGGACCACAUAAGAACUCACUCUGAGGAGAAACUCUAUCAGUGUUCACACUGUGAUAAACGCUUCUGUCAGAAAGUUAAUCUGAUAACUCAUGAGAGAAUUCACACUGGAGAGAAACCUUACCUCUGCUCUCACUGUGGAAGGAGAUUUUCUGAUCCACGUCAAUUCAGAGAUCAUCAGAGAAUUCACACUGGAGAGAAACCUUAUCAGUGCAGUGUUUGUCUAAAGAGUUUCACUCGACACGACACUUUAGUGAAUCACAAGAGAACUCAUACAGGUGAAAGACUCUAUAAAUGUUCUCAGUGUGACAAGACGUUUGCUCGACCAGAUGUCCUAAAAACCCAUGAGAGAGUUCACACUGGAGAGAAACCUUAUCACUGCUCCAUCUGUGGAGAGAGAUUCACUUAUUUAGGAAGUUUAAAUUCUCAUCAGAAGAAACAUGCUGAAGAACAAACUGCACUGGAAUCAUCAUAGCGUCUUAGCUCAAUGCUCACAGUUGUUUGGAUUUAGAGGAUUACUUUAAUGGGCUCUGUGAUGAACUGACCAGUUGUUGCCACUGAAUGUUAUCAUAUGCUUAUUAUUAUAAUGAUCUACUUCAUGAGGCUUACAAUGCUGUUAAAAUGUUUACAAGAACAUGUAAUUAAGAUGAAAUAAAAUCAAUAUGUUUAGUUUGAAACUUUUAAUUUUGAAAUAAUAAUAAAAAGGAUCAAUGUACUGGUUAAAAAAAGAUAUGACCAGCCUUUUAAAAUCCUUCCUCAACCUUAAAUUAGCGUUUAAAAAAUACACCCAAGCCUGUUUUAAGACUUAAGAAAUGGGUGACCCAGUUUGCAGUCGCCUGAUUCAAGCUACAGUUCCAGAAAGCAUGAGAAAAGAAAGUUUGAAAAUAACUGGAAACAUAACAAUUAUUGACAUACAGUAUUUGUCCUUGCCAUACAAAGUUCAAAAAUACAACCAGGAUACUUUUGUAGAAGAUGUCAAAGUUGCUUUGGGGUCAAUAAGAGGAUGGUUAAACCAGAGUGACAAUACAAUGCUGUUUCUUCUGUUGUUGCUUUGCAACUCUUGCUUCAUUUUUUUUGUUGAAAAAAGAAUAAAGAACAAAUGUGAA